AUGUACAUAUACUCCGACAGGUACGCUGGACGAAACGCAAGUGAAUCAGGGAUUCACAAGAAGAAACGACGGAGCCAGCACAAGACGCUGCGCAAGUCUCGGUUAGGGACCGAGACUCUUCAUGGUGUGUCUGCCGGGCAGACACAAGUACCGACAGUGGCCGUCGAGACGUUGAACGUCUUGACGCGGGCCUGUACUGGGUAUCAGUACGAGAAGAGGGAAUUGGAGAACCCUCCGACUGAUGCGUCGGAGUUGAUCUCGCUUCCAGUCAUGAGCUGGAAGCGCUUCGCUAAGGACCUGUACGAUGGACGCAUCGAACAGCUAUGCAUUCUUUCGAAGCACAAAAGAAUGACAAGCGAAGCGCAAAAGUUGAGGCAACUCUUCUCUGGAAGCGCCACUGAGAGCAAAGAUACUCUCAGUGCCAAGACCAAGAAGGAGCGCUUCGAGGAGCAGAUUUGUGACUCACUGAAGGCGAGUCCCAAUUACGAGAUUCGGCGAGAGUACAGGGACGUGCUCCCGGACGAGAUCCCUGCGGAGCUUCCGCAGGACAAGGGAAUACAGCACGAGAUUGAUCUCGUGCCGGGAACGAAGUAUUGCGUGACGCGGCAGUGGCCACUGCUGCGGGAACAAGUGAAGGCAAUCGACGACUUCUUCGAAAGUCGUCGCAAGGCAGGACAAGUGCGAGAAUCAAAGUCGCCGCACAGCGCACCAACGUUCUGUGUCAAGAAGCCACAGGGUGGUUGGUGCAUCGUUCAUGCUGCUCUUGGUCUGAGGGACGGGUUCUAUCAGAUCCUGAUGCGUGAGAGCGAUAUCCCUCUCACGGCGGUAAGCACCCCAAGCGCGCCGAUCCUGGCGGUGGCCGACCAAGAUCGUCCCUUCCACGUAAUGUGUGACGCAUCCGACUUUGCGAUCGGAUGGGCGCUAAUGCAACUCGAUCACGAGGGCCGUGAUCGAGUCGUCUACUACCAGUCGCGUCAGCUGAAGCCAGCUGAGCGGAACUACCCGGUACAUGAAAAGGAACUCCUUGCCGUGAAAUAUGCACUCGCGAAGUUCCGA